AUGCCUGACACCGAUCCUUCAUUCCCAUCCUUUGCCAACCUCGGCGCCUCGCCACCCAAGGAUUUCGACGUCCAAGCCAUUGCGCGCGACUGGAUCAGCGCCUUUGCCGGUUCUAUCGACAACCGCGACGUGCACAACUUCAUCUCCUCAUCCCUGCAUCACGAGCCGUGGUGGCGAGAUCAGUUCGCGCUGACCUGGGACAUGCGCACCUUCCAAGGCCGCGCCAAGAUCGAGACGUUCCUCAAUGACCGCUUGGCAGAGACGGGCUUCGGUAAAGUCGAGUUUAUCAAGGCGUUCUUCCAACCAGUCGCGCCCGACGUCGCCUGGAUCCUUAUCCGCUUCUCAUUCGAGACCGCAGUCGCCAUUGGAGUGGGUGUCGCGCGGCUUGUGUAUUGCGCCGACUCGGUGUGGCGUGCGGUGACGGUGUCGACAGAGCUCGUUGGACUAAAGGGCCAUCCCGAGCUGACGAGCGCGGACCGCGACUUCCGGGUUAACCAGGGCAACUGGGCUGAGGAGAGGAAGAGGGAGGUCGAAUUCGUUGACAAAGACCCAGAGGUAGUGAUUAUUGGCUGCGGACAUUCCGGACUGGAGGUCGCGGCUCGAUUGAAGCAUCUGAGAGUCAGCUACCUUGCUAUCGAGAAACACGCUCGGAUUGGAGAUAACUGGAGGAUGCGCUACGACUUUUUAACUCUUCAUGACCCCAUAUGGGUGAACCAUAUGCCAUACCUGCCCUUUCCCACUUGUUGGCCAGUCUUCCCUUCUGCGAAAAAGAUCGCAGAUUGGCUAGAGUUCUACGCUGAAACACUUGAGCUGAACGUCUGGCUCUCGUCUGAGGCCGUCAGCGCGGUCCGUAACAAGGCCACAAAUAAGUGGGAUGUAGUGGUCCGGCGUGGGGAUGGGUCGACUCGGACGCUGCAUGUGGACCAUGUCGUGAUGGCGCAGGGAUUUACAUUCAAGAAGACGGUGUUUCCUGGACAGGAGGCUUUCCAAGGGCAGAUCAUGCAAUCGAACGACUUCAAGUCAGCGAAAGGCCUUGUGGGCAAGAAAGUUGUGAUCAUUGGGGCUUGCACUUCGGCGCACGACAUCGCUUCAGACUGCGCAGAUUACGGCGUUGAUGUGACCAUACACCAACGCAGCUCGACGUACGUCCUGUCCAUUCAGAAGAGCAUUCUCGCCUUUCUUCCAGCAUCGGAGUGGGAGGGGUCACCGACCGAAGAGGUUGAUAGCAACAGGAUGUCGAUGCCCCUCCACUUCCAGAAAGGCCUCGCGCAGCGCGGGGCGGCCAUGAUUCAGCAUCUAGACAAGGAGAUACUCGAAGGUCUGACGAAGGUCGGAUACAGGCUCAACAACGGCAUAGACAACACUGGGGUGCUCUAUCUACUCCUCCAGAAUGGCGGUGGAUACUACUUUGAUUCUGGUGCCUGCCAGAAGAUCAUCGACGGAAAGAUCAAGAUGAAGUCUGGUACCGAGGUCGACAAGAUCACUAAGACCGGCAUCGUCUUCAAGGACGGAAGCAAGCUGCCCGCGGACAUCAUCAUCAUCGCCACAGGCUUCGACGACGCCCGCGCCCCGAUUCGGAAGAUCGUCGGCGAGGACGUCGGCGCGCGGAUCCCGACUAUCUGGGGUCCGAACGAAGAAGGCGAGCUGCGGGGCCCCUGGCGCGAGCCCAAAGACUUGCCCGGCCUGUGGCCCAUGAUGGGUAACUUUGCUUGGUCUCGUCACUUUUCCAAGAUGAUAGCGAUGCAGAUCAAGGCGAAGAAAGAGGGACUGUACGGAACACGCUAUGCAGCGUCGUCAGCUUAA